AGGAAAAGCGUCCCGGGUCUGUGCCGCCCCCCGACCGGGCUAGCUGCUGGGCUCCCCGGCCGGCGGCAUUACCCACAGCCGCUCGCCAUGGCCUCGGAGAGACAGCGGGAGCCCCCAGGCGAGGGUAUCAAGUUGUCAGCAGAUGUGAAACCGUUUGUCCCCAAAUUUGCUGGGCUCAGUGUGGCAUGGACAGAGUCUUCAGAAGCUUGUGUGUUGCCUAGCUGUGCAGCCCCAUACUACCCAGGUGUUCAGGAACUGCCGGUACCUGAACAGAAGCACUGUACUGAAGAUAGGACCCUUGGAGCGUCAUCUUUUUCACCUCAGCAUCUGCCUUCCGAGAUGGCGCUUCACCCCUAUGCCUACUCCCCCUACACCCUUGAAUCUACGCAGAAUGUCUGCCCAGUGCCUGGCUCCCAGUAUGACUACAGCCAGCCCCGUUGUUACCGAGGCUUUCAAACGGCGAAACGCCAUGAGCACAUGGGUCCCCUCCCACAGGACUCAAAAGCUCUGUUUAAGAAAAAAACAUACGAUGAGCAAAAGUUUGACAAUAAGAAGGCUGAUGGAGCUCUUUCAUCUGAUAUAAAAUCAGUUAAGGGUUCCCAUCCUAUGUCCACUCAUGCUGAAAAUAGUUUGAAAUCAGAUGGGUGUCAUAAACGCACAGACAGGAAAUCCAGAAUCAUUGAAAAAAGCGGCCCUGUCUCCACACCUGAGUUUGAAUUUACCAGGUUGGAUUUUCCUGAACUGCAGGGUUCAGAGAACAGCGAGAGAUCAGAGAAUCAAAAACCACCCAAGUGGGGACCUUUACGCUCUGCCUCAACCAACAUUUCUCUCCUGAGAGAAGUGGGGAAACCUGUUGCAGUGUUAUCAGAGGGUGAAAUAGUGGUGAAAAAAAAUAAUCCAGCUGAAUCUGUAACUGAUAAUGCUGCUGCCAAUCCCUCUUCAUGUAUAAGAGAGUUAUCUUGGACACCAAUGGGUUAUGUUGUUCGGCAGACAUUACCUACACAACUGUCACCAGCCCCUAAACAUGUUACUUCCAUGAUAAACCCAAAGACGGUUCCUUCAUCAGCAGAUCCUAAAACUGUUAGUCUGUCAUCUCCUAAAGUUUUACCUUCGGAUCCUUCUUCCAAAGAGAAACACGUUACCCACCCUUCUAAAAAGCCCAAAGCAGCACAAUGUGGUGAUCCUGAGCAAAGUGAAGUCUCGAGAAAAAAUAAGAGAAAGAAAGAAAAGUCAGAACCAAACUAUGAAGUCUUGACAGUUCAAGAGCCGCCAAGGAUUGAAGAUGCUGAGGAGUUCCCCAACCUGGCAGUUGCAUCUGAAAGAAGAGACAGGGUAGACUCACCGAAGUUUCCAUCUAAACAACAGCCACAGAAUAACUUUAAAAACAGUGCAAAGAAGAGCCAAAUUCCUGUCCAGUUGGAUUUGGGGGGAAUGCUGACAGCCCUGGAGAAGAAGCAGCAUGCCCAGAAUGCGAAGCAGUCCUCCAAGCCAGUGGUGUUCUCAGUCGGGGCCGUGCCUGUCCUCUCCAAAGAGGCGGCGUCUGGGAAGAAGGGCCACCGCUUCAGUGAGGUGAAGACCCCGCACAACCCCUUGGACUCCAGUGCCCCUCUGACGAAGAAGGGGAAGCAGAGGGAGGUCCCCAAGGCCAAGAAACCAACCUCACUGAAGAAGAUUAUUUUGAAAGAAAGGCAAGAGAGAAUGCAGCAGCGUCUCCAGGAAAACGUGGUGAGCCCAGCUUUUGCCAGUGAUGAUGUGCGACACCCUGAGAGCGGAGGUGAUGACCAGUCCUUGGAGCAGGUUGAGCCCUCAGGGGGGGCGGACACCGUGUCAGCGUCCGAGGUGCCUGCCAUGGAGAGCAAGUCUGAGGAGUGGCUGGGGGCAAAGACCCAGAAGGAGGCAGAGGCCUGCCCCCCGGCCCCUGACAGCACCUGCUACCCCAAGAUCCACAGCCGGAGAUUCAGGGAUUACUGCAGCCAGAUGCUUAGUAAAGAAGUAGAUGCCUGUGUCACGGAUCUCCUGAAAGAACUGGUCCGCUUCCAAGACCGUAUGUACCAGAAAGAUCCAGUCAAGGCUAAGACCAAACGCCGACUUGUGCUGGGGCUGAGAGAGGUUCUCAAACACCUGAAGCUCAGGAAGCUGAAAUGCAUCAUCAUUUCCCCUAACUGUGAGAAGAUCCAGUCGAAAGGCGGGCUGGAUGACACCCUGCACACCAUCAUCGACUGUGCCUGUGAGCAGAACAUCCCCUUCGUGUUUGCGCUCAACCGCAAGGCACUGGGGCGCAGCUUGAACAAAGCCGUCCCUGUCAGUGUGGUGGGGAUCUUCAGCUACGAUGGGGCACAGGACCAGUUCCACAAGAUGGUAGAGCUGACGAUGGCCGCCCGACAGGCAUAUAAGGCCCUGCUGGAGAAUGUGCACCAGGAGCUGGUGGCAGAGCCUGGGCCCCCCGCCCUCACUAGCCCACACGAGCCAGGCCCCAGCUGCUCUACAGACCAAGCCUUCCCAGCUCCCACCGGAAAAGAAGAGCCACACUACAUUGAGGUCUGGAAGAAACAACUGGAAGCGUACAAUCAGUGUGCCCUGGAACUGGAAGACUCACUGGAAGCCUCAACCUCUCAGAUGAUGAACUUGAGUUUAUGAGAAGAAUUCUCCGUUUUGCGUGUUUGUGUACUCGGGGUAAGGAGGGGUGGUUUGAAAGACUUGAGAGCCUUUUUCUUCUCAGUUCUUCAUUGACCUAAAGUAUCGCUGUGAUUCCUUAGUUGGGACAUUGGCCUACAUGAGGGGCAUGAGCAGCAGCAUCUGGGCAUCAGGCUGCGCCUCCCGAAUGGGCACUGGGGCAUCUGGCAGGAGCCUUUUCUGAAAGUCUCAAGGCAGCUUCGUCUCUGAGUGCACUGAGUCUGGAAAAUACUGGAAAACAUGGCAUCAGAGUCCACUGCUGCUGGGAGACUUCCUGUGCGUUGCCAAAUAGCUGAGCCAGGUGGGCGUGCGGUGGGAGGCGUUCUGUCGGGCGGGCUUGCUCGGUUCCGCAGAAGGCACUCCGGGGUGUACGUGCUUCUCAUGACGUGGCUCUCAACCGCAGAGUUGGGGGUUCUUGGAGGGUUUGUUAAAGUGAGCCUCACGAGGAAUACUGGUUCUCUAACCUGUGACUUUUUGACAUGAAUUACUCCUUAUUUUUCCAAGAAACACUGUAUAUUGAAGUUCUUAAAUUUUGGUUUUGAUAAUCUACAAAUCUUUUCCUUUGUAAAUGGACAUAUUCUGAAUGUGGUUUCUGUCUUAGAGGCCAAGAGAAGUUUACUUUCAUAUUUUCCUGUCAGAAAGAAGGCUUAUUUAUUUUGAAUAAAGAAUGAUUAUUUAAUUUCA